AAGCAAUCUUUAUAUAUAGUUUCAAUUUGAUGAGUACAGGAAAAUUGGAUAUUUUGCCAGCCUUCACAGGUGCUGUGGUGAUAAAUCUCAAGAUUCACAUCGCCGGCUGUUUCUGACUUCUCAUGAGACAUCUCCACUUGAACCAACCAGAAGUGAGCCCACCCAUUUUUGCAAUCUUAUUGCACCCCGCUGCCUCUCCACUGUAGUUGGUCUCUUCAGCCCCUCGGCAAAAGCAGCUUUGACCGCUGGAGGAUCAUUUCCAUCUGAAAUGUUUUUCAAUUUCAAAAGUGGCGUGGGGCACAGGGCUCCCUCUGUGCCCUCGGUGUUUGUGGUGGACACCCAUGCCACCCGACCAGCUGUACCACCUCGACUGGGCAAACAGAAGAAGCAAAGUGGGGUCGCGCAGACUCUGCUGUUCAUCCUGGUGACCCUGGCUCUGUUCGGCGUGUUCUUUGAAGCUGUCCUCAUCUAUCGCCUCUACCAAUCUGAAUAUGCCCCCUCAGGUUUUAUCUCAAAGCAAAUCAGCGGAAGCCCUCCUCCAGAUACAGACACAGAUGGUCGUCUUCUUCCAUCCAAACCGGUUGCACAUCUCACAGAUGGCCAAGACGUCAAACACGACACACACGACACACACGUCCUGGCAUGGAGCGAGAUCGCUGAGCCUCUCCUCUAUGAAAUGACAUACAAAGACAGCCACCUCAUCAUCCAGAAAGAGGGAUACUACUACAUCUAUUCCAAGGUCUAUUUCUCAAAAGGUGGUGCUUUUUACCAUUCUGUGAUGAUGCAAACUAAAAUGUAUGCCGGAAAAGGCAUCUCCCUACUGGAGGCCAGAGAGUAUUCGUCAAAGAAAGACAAAGAAGCCAUGAGUUUUUCCAACAGUUUCCUAGCUGGGGUGUUUUACCUGUCCCAAAAUGAUGCUAUCUAUGUAAACGUUAGCAACACAAAACAGAUUAUCCGACACAAAUCUUAUGAGAAUGUGUUUGGUGCCUAUAUGAUAUAGAUAUCAUACCGACAGGAGAUUUAAAAUAAGUUUACAACUCUUCUCAGGGACAUUUUUAGUUGCCUUUUUAUACCCGAUCAAAAGGCAUCGUAAAAGGAAAAGUGUUGAAGAUGUGUUUCUACUUCAAAUCAAAACUUCAAGAGCUGAUUAAACAUUUAACUUUUGUGUUGCAAAAUAUUAUUUACUAACAUAAAAAAGGAUGGUGCACUUUUUUUCAAUUUUACUGCUUCAAAAAAUUAUAACUGUUAUUUAUUUAUUCCUUUCAUGUAUUAUCAGUGCUGUGUUUAUGCAAAAAAAUAUGCAAUAAAGUCUGUUUUGAACAAAUAAAAGUUUUUCUUUCUGCAGUUGCA